AUGUCAAGUCCAUCUCUUCAGAGUGCUAAUGCGUGUAUACAAUGUCGAAGAGUUAAGAUGAAAUGUCGUCCUCUGGGACAGGACACGUCUAAAUGUGAACGUUGUACCCGCAGAUCCCUUGAUUGUGUAUUCAGAGAGCAUCGUCGAGGUCGCAAACCGGGCACGAAAAUCUCAAAAACAAAGAAGGCAUCUACCAUUUCUCCAGAGUCUGCUCCAAGUCUGGAGAGUCCAGUGGCGGCAAGGACCCAGCUUUCAGAAAUUGAAGAUGACGCAAACAACCUGCAACCAUCAGGGUUACUUAAUCAUCAGGCCUUGGAGGGUAAAUUCUCUCUCGGAAAUAUUCUUAAUGCGGAUCAGGAGCCUGUGCAGCGACAGAGAAGCCGCGAUGAGUCACUUGAGGAUCCUAUUGAGCUUGGGCUGAUUACUCCGUCACUAGCGAAGUCUCUUUUCGACAGUUUCAUAACGGUUUUAAACCCAUACAUCAGCCAACUCGAUCCCCAUCUCCAUACAUUUCCCUACGUCCGUUCAAAGUCUGCGUUUCUCCUGAGUUCCAUGCUGGCCAUGGCAGCUAAAGCCUUCAGCCAUGUUCUAUAUAUGAAGCUAUAUGAUCACGCGCAAGAUCUCUAUUCCAAUGUCUUCCGUCGAGGUAGCAAAUCAGUCGAAAUCGUGCAAGCAAUUCUGAUUCUCACCUAUUGGAAGGAGCCGCAAGACACCAGAGUCUGGACCUCUGUUGGAUACGCAAUUCGCAUAUGUAUGGACUUGGGAUGGCAUAAGAUUUCUAGUUGCUCUCCGGAAAUAAUCGCCUCAAAAAGUGAAGUGGAAAGACGAGAGCGACGAAAUAUAGAGAGGACAUGGUAUGUUCUCUUUGUCUAUGAUCGAAGCAUAAGCCUACAGACUGGGAGGCCAUGGAUGAUUGAUUGUAACGAGUUCAUCGAAUCGAUAGAAGAUUGGUGUGAUGAUCCAUUAGCUAUCGACAAUGACCAGCUUCUCGGGGCCUUUACAACUUUGAGGCUGGUAACAUCGGCUGCAUUCCCACUACUGGUGACUAAGUCACAACAACGAUCCACAUCAUAUCACGAGAGUGCACCACUUGUCAGCCUUCUUAAUAGCCGUAUUGAGAGAUGGGAGGAGAAGUGGACUCGCAAGGUUUUUUCGCAGCACGAACAAACAUGUCAUGAGUUUCUAAUCCGCUUCUACGGCACCCAUCUCCGUCUGCAGAUUCACACAUUACCAUUGUAUGGAAUUCUGACCUCGAAUAAGUCAGACGUCAACUUACAUCUUGAUACCAUAUGGGUGUCCUUCAACAGUGCCCUGAAUAUGUUGCGGUUAAUAUCCCUGCACUCGGAUUAUGUUUCUUUCGCGCAAGACUCCGUUCAUGUUAUGACAGCGUAUAGUGCUGCGUUUCUUGCCAAGAUCAGCUUUUCGUUUCCCAACCUCAUUUCGGACCAGCUCGCGUCAAGCUGCAUUGAAGCUGUUGAGAGUGCUGGAAGAGUCUUUUCAAAUCAGACAAGCUGCAUAAGCUCCAGUUGCAGCUUACAGGCAACCUUUCUGACUCGAGUGGGCUUGAAGCUUGUCGAAACCCGAAAUAGAAGGAAUGCCACUCAAAGUGAUACUGCUCAAGAGGUUCCUACUGCAUCACGGCUGAUUCCAGGCCAACAUGGCCUGGAUGGAGGGUCUAACGUAAUGUUACCAAGCGAUGCAUCUAUGCAACAUAUGCCUGGCCUGGAAAACUUGGAAAUAUCACUGUUUCCGCAAGAAAGCUUGGAUUUUCCGUUUGAAUGCGACGAUAUGUGGGCAGAAAUGUUUGGCACGGCUGGAAUGAACGCCCAAGAUAUAUCAUACUUCUCACAAACCGAUUGCUGA